AUGAUGGGAAAGCGGGAUGUUCAAAUCUAUUUCCGCCUUAACUGGCGUCUGUUAGCAAUGGAGGGGCGAGUCAGUGAUGCCAACACCCCCGCUAACAUGCCUGUGACGCGGAGGAAGAGUUAUGGCCGCAGCUGUGUGGAGAAUCCGUCUCUGUUCUGGCAAACACCAGCUCAUUUAACAACACUCGGACACAGGAUCCGAACCAGCAGAGGAGCUGCCAGAUCCCGCAAUAUUGUCAGCACAGCGGACCCAGAGCAAGUGGCCCUUCUGGUGAAGUACGAGUGGAAGCUGGCAUACGUCACCCCGCUGUACCGAUUCCAGCACACACAGCUGAAACUGUACUCCAGACACCUCAGCGCGUUCCUCGUGGCCGAGAAGCAGCAGGGGGUCGCCGUCGAGGUGGGGCUGGACGCAGGCUUUAAGGUCACGAUCUCCACCGUCCUCGGGGUGGCAGAAACAGAGGAUGAUGCCGACACCAUUUUCAUUCAGAUACACUCCAGGCCGAGGUUUGGGACAGGCGCUCUGAAACCGGUGUGGCACGGCUGGUUGACGUGCGUGAACGGAGACGGCGAGUACCUGAGGUCACUGCCCCCUGACUUUGUCAGUCUUCCUCUUUUCUGCAGCAGUGGCCCCGGAUCCCUCACGGCUCUGGUCAAGCUGUGGUUCGAACGCACCUUUGAUUGUAAUUUUGGCUCUCUGUUGCUGAACUCGUCCACUCUGAACUGGCUGGCUGCUCUGUGGACCAACUCCCACUCCAGCAGCAAUAUCAGGUUCCUGAAGCUCACCUGGACCAUGCCCACGCAGCCCGCGCUGGACAUCAUGUACACGGUGAACCCGCAGGACGCCUGGGCACUGUGGAGCAGCAUUCACACCGAGGACGGUGCAGACGACAGGAUCCACAUCGACGAGGUGCAGCGCUUUCUGAACGGACUCGAGACUCACCUUUUCAGACAUUUUAAGAUCUACCUGUCAGCCGGGACGCUCAUGAAGGUCUCCACCUCCCUCGGGUCAGCUCAUCAUGAGGGCAGAAUCAAGAUUGGCAGCAGUGACUACAUCAGCACCUUACUGAGCCUGCUAACAGAGUGCGCCCUCCUCAGGACACCUCUUUAAUUAUUUUUUUUAAUAUAUUUUAUAAAUAGCUUUUGUGUGCUUUUUUUUUUUUUAUCUACAUGUGUAGCAGUCUUUGUACACACAUACAAUUCGUAAUUGUAUUUAUUUACAUGUCUUUGUCAUAAACGUGCACCUUUACUUAGAUUUAUUUUUAAACUAUUGAAUGACUGACUUUUUUUUCCCCCUUCUUCCUGCUUUUAAAGCCAAGGACUAGCCAGAAAAAAUUGCAGCACGGUUGGUGAGCGUGGGGAGUUUUAUGAAAAUCAAAUUUCAUCUGUAGAAUCCUAAAUUAAUGUACAUUUGUGUUUUGUAAAUAGCCCAUGUGCUUUUUGUAAUGUAACUUUUUUUCUUUUUACACUUCCCCCUGUAAAGUGUAAUCUAUUAACAAAUAAUGUACUCUGAAAUGGAUAGUGUGUAAAUGUCAACUUUUGGUUCCUGCAAGUCCUUUUAAUCCAGUUGUAGUGAGCAAAGGGGACUCAUUAUUUGUGGGAAAUGUCUUAAGGACACCGUACCGUCUAAAGUGAUAAAUGAUUAACAACUGUGUACACUUAAUUUGAAAUAAACGGAAUAUAUAGACGUAUAAA